UCGAGGUGGAUUAUAUUAAAUAUUUUAUUUAUAAAAAUUUUGAAAAUGCCCAACAAACUGGAAAAUAAAGUUUACGAUAGACAUUCCUAUAUAUUCUGCAAGGAAACCGAACACUUUAUAAAAGUGAGGUGUAAAUAUUAUCAAACGCAUUCAUGCGAAGGUGCAGGCAUAAUUGAAAACAACAUAUUCACCCUUACUGCAAAUCACAAUCACAGUGCAGAAUCUACUCUAGCUAAAGAAAAUGAUCUUAAAAACAAACUGAAAGAGGCUUAUCGUAACCAAUUACGUUCGACAUAUGAAAUUUAUGACAAUAUUAUAACAACACAAGAAGAUAAAUUUUCAGUCCCAUGAAGUUCACAAGAAGCCAACAUGUAUAAAUGGCAUCUCGACAUGAAUUUACCUAUUGUAUCAUCAAUCAACCAAUUUUCAACUGUCCUUC